UGUUAUUUUAGCCUACCGGACCGGAAUUAGGCUAUCGGUUAUCGUUCUUUGACGGUUGGCGUCUGGUAGGAAUGAACGCAAACCACCGCGAAUUGCAUCUUAUUGUACAAUCCGUUGAAAAUUGUUGCCAACAGUGAAACAUCUCCUCAAUAGUGCCAGUAAAUAUGGACCAGCAUACAGUUGCACUGUAAUUGUUUGAUUUAUGGUCUGUUUUAAGACUAGAUAGAUCGUUAAUAAACCUUUGGAAAUAACUACUUCCAACUGAUGCCGGUGUGACUUUGGAGUAAUUGUGUAAAGCAAAGCAGGUAGCCAUGUACAUGUACAAUUUGACCCUGCAGCGCUCUCAAGGCAUUGUUGCUGCCAUUCAUGGAAACUUCUCAGGUUCAAAACUGCAAGAAAUUGUGGUGUCCCGAGGGAAGGUCAUUGAACUGUUCCGACAUGAUCCAAACACAGGGAAAGUGUUCCCUGUUCUGUCAACAGAAGUUUUUGGUGUGGUCAGAUCCCUCAUGCCAUUUCGACUUACGGGAGGCACAAAAGAUUACGUUGUCGCCGGUUCAGAUUCUGGACGGAUUGUGAUUCUAGAAUACAUCCCAUCCAAAAACAUAUUUGAGAGGGUUCAUCAGGAGACGUUUGGCAAAAGUGGAUGUCGCAGGAUUGUGCCCGGCCAGUAUUUGGCUGUUGAUCCCAAGGGAAGAGCUGUCAUGAUUGGUGCUGUGGAGAAGCAAAAAUUGGUGUAUAUUCUCAAUCGCGAUGCUCAGGCACGACUCACAAUCUCCUCUCCACUGGAAGCUCACAAGUCAAAUACACUGGUGUAUCAUAUGGUGGGGGUGGAUGUUGGCUUUGAGAAUCCGACCUUUGCUUGCUUGGAAAUUGAUUAUGAGGAGGCAGAUGGUGAUCCCAGUGGUGAGGCUGCCCUGAAAACUCAGCAGUUGUUGACUUACUACGAGCUUGACCUUGGUCUUAACCACGUGGUGCGCAAACAUUCAGAGUCACUGGAGGAGCAUGCUAACUUUCUCAUUUCAGUUCCUGGGGGUCACGAUGGUCCGAGUGGAGUGUUAAUUUGCUCUGAGAACUACAUCACAUACAAAAACCUUGGGGAUCAGCCUGACAUCAGAUGUCCUAUCCCACGCAGAAGGUGUGAUCUGGAUGAUCCUGAGAGGGGAAUGAUUUUUGUGUGCAGUGCCACUCACAAAACAAAGUCAAUGUUUUUCUUCUUGGCACAAACUGAACAAGGUGACAUUUUCAAGAUAACUCUUGAAACAGAUGAAGAUAUGGUAACAGAAAUCCGUUUGAAAUACUUUGACACAGUUCCUGUUUCAGCAAGUAUGUGUGUCUUGAAGUCAGGUUUUCUGUUUGUUGCAGCAGAGUUUGGAAACCAUCACCUGUAUCAAAUUGCCCAUCUGGGAGAUGAUGAUGGAGAGAGAAUGUUCAGCAGUGCGAACCCCUUAGAAGAGGGAGACACCUUUCACUUCUCACCCAGAGAGCUGAAGAAUCUGGUCAUGGUGGACGAGAUGGACAGUCUUUCUCCUAUAAUCACAGCCCAGAUUGCUGAUUUGGCUAAUGAAGACACACCCCAGUUGUACACAUUGUGCGGGCGUGGUCCCCGCUCCACACUCCGUGUACUUAGGCAUGGUCUUGAGGUCUCAGAGAUGGCUGUGUCUGAGUUGCCCGGUAACCCCAAUGCUGUGUGGACAGUGAAGCGUCACACUGAUGAUGACUACGACGCUUACAUCAUAGUGUCUUUCAUGAGUGCUACGCUGGUUCUCUCUAUCGGAGAAACUGUUGAGGAAGUCACAGACUCAGGUUUCCUGGGUACCACCCCCACAAUUUCUAGUUCUCAGCUAGGAGAUGAUGCCUUGGUGCAGAUUUAUCCUGAGGGGAUCCGUCAUAUUCGAUCAGACAAGCGUGUGAACGAAUGGAAGACCCCUGGAAAGAAGACGAUCGUAAAGUGUGCUGUGAACCAGAGACAAGUGGUCAUUGCCCUCAGUGAUGGUGAACUGGUUUACUUUGAGAUGGACCCUACUGGCCAAUUGAAUGAGUACACAGAGAGGAAGAGCAUGACCAGUGCUGUGGUGUGCAUGGCUUUGGGGCGUGUACCUGCUGGGGAGCUGCGGUCUCGGUUUUUGGCUGUUGGCUUAUCUGACAACACAGUGAGAAUCAUCUCUCUGGAUCCCAAUGACUGUUUAUCACCACUGAGUAUGCAGGCUCUCCCAGCCCCACCAGAAUCUUUGUGUAUCAUAGAGAUGGGAGGCACUGAGGCGAAGGAGGAAUCUGGCGAGGCGGGAACUGCUGGAGGCAUAUAUCUGAAUAUUGGUCUACAGAAUGGUGUGUUGCUGCGUACUGUGCUGGACACAGUGACAGGUGACUUGUCAGAUACCCGCACCAGGUACCUGGGCUCCAGGGCUGUCAAGCUUUUCAGAAUCUCUAUGCAAGGUUCAGAGGCUGUGUUAGCCAUGUCUAGUCGCACGUGGCUGAGUUACACUUAUCAAAGCCGAUUCCACCUGACCCCUCUCUCCUAUGAAACACUUGAGUAUGCAUCUGGAUUCGCUUCCGAGCAGUGUCCUGAGGGCAUUGUCGCCAUCUCAACAAAUACUCUGAGAAUUUUGGCUCUAGAAAAACUGGGAGCUGUUUUCAACCAGGUGGCAUGGCCCCUACAGUACACACCACGCAAGUUUGUCAUUCACCCAGAGUCGAACAACCUUAUCAUCAUUGAGACAGAUCACAAUGCCUACACAGAAGAGACUAAGCAGCUGAGAAAACAACACAUGGCAGAGGAAUUGAUUGAAGCUGCAGAUGAAGAUGAGAGAGAAUUGGCAGCAGAAAUGGCAGCACAGUUUUUGAAUGAAGACCGACCAGAGACCAUAUUUGGGGCCCCUAAAGCAGGCCUGGGUAUGUGGGCAUCAGCUGUGAGAGUGUUGAACCCCAUCACUGGGGAGAACUUGGAGAAGAUUUCACUGGACCAGAACGAGGCAGCUCACAGUGUUGCCUUGAUCAAAUUCGCCAACAGACCAGAUGACACAUUCCUCAUUGUUGGCAUUGCCAAAGACUUGGUGCUUAACCCAAGGUCUAUAAGUGGUGGUGAACUGCUCACAUAUCAAGUGACUGAAGGUGGGAACAAACUAGAACUUCUUCAUAAAACUCCAGUGGAGGAUAUCCCAGGAGCAAUCACCCCGUUUCAAGGACGCGUACUUAUUGGGGUUGGCAGAUACCUCCGUAUCUACGAUUUGGGCAAGAAGAAACUGCUGCGCAAGUGUGAGAACAAACAUAUUCCCAACUUUAUUGUGAGCGUCCACUGCUUGGGCCAGCGUGUUGUUGUUGGGGAUGUACAGGAGAGCUUUCACUUCCUACGCUAUAGGCGGCCGGAGAACCAACUGGUUAUCUUUUGUGAUGACACCAAUCCACGCUGGGUCACCUGCUCUUGCCUGUUGGAUUACAAUACCGUUGCUGGUGCGGACAAAUUUGGAAAUAUUUCCAUUAUCCGAUUGCCUACUGAAGUAAGCGAUGAUGUGGAUGAAGAUCCCACUGGAAACAAAGCUCUGUGGGAUAGGGGACUUCUCAAUGGUGCCUCACAAAAGGCUGAUGUUGUCUCCAACUUCCAUUUGGGUGAGGUUGUCACGUCUCUCCAGAAGGCCACAUUGAUUCCAGGUGGUUCCGAGUCCCUGGUGUACACAACCCUGUCCGGCAGUGUGGGCAUGCUGGUCCCCUUUACUUCACAUGAGGACCAGGAUUUCUUUCAGCAUCUUGAGAUGUACAUGCGACAAGAGUAUCCUUCCUUAUGUGGCAGGGAUCAUUUGGCUUUCAGGUCAUACUAUUUCCCUAUCAAGAAUGUGAUUGAUGGGGACCUGUGUGAGAUGUUCAACUCUAUGGAGUCAAGCAAGCAAAAGUCUAUUGCAGAAGAACUGGAAGACAGAAGCGCUAAUGAGGUGUCCAAGAAACUAGAAGACAUCCGCACCCGGUACGCCUUCUAAUCUCCUGCUAAAUGUGUACAUAACUUGAACAGACAGACUUGGGUAUCACAUCGUCACCUCUUCAUUGAACUGAAAUAUGUUGUCAUUAUGUAAAUUUUAACAUUUUUUAAACGCUUUAUUGUGUUCUUUUGUGUGCGAAACUGACAUUGGAGUUCCCGCUCCCUGUUUGCAGUAUCUGAAUAGAAGUUCCAAAUUUUUAAUCACUGAUGUAGUUCUUCAUUGUGCAUUCUGUAAAAAUGAAAGCUUCUGGUCUGUAAAUGGUCUAGUGUAAUGGAUAAGUUUAGUAAUGUUCGUUUACAUUUCUUUUAAUAAUCUUUUGACAUCAUUCCAAAGGAUUUUGCUGGAGGUGUAGAGAAAAAAAUUGGAGGCAUGAAACUUAAUACCAAAUCAUUUGAUGACUCCAUGUAACUUGUGUUAAUUGUUUACUCCUUAGGUUGGUCCAUAUUGCAAAGGAAAGGAAUAUUUGUUUGGGGGAAUUAUUAGUCUUAUGUAUACACGAAUCCUGAUUUUUUCAUUCUCAACCUCUGCUCUUGAGCUAAUUAUUUCUCUGAUGCCAUAUCAGAUUGAGACUGAAAGAUACAGAAAUAACCUCAACUGUAACAACUGACUUAAUAUUUGGUCCUUAUGUUAGCAAAGGGUUGCUUCUUCUGUCAUUUUACUUUCAUGUAGUGAUGAGCUUAAAUGUCUGAAAUGUUUCUUAAUGUGUUCAUUGUAUGUACUCCCAUUUCAUGUUUUGUUCCAGUAACUGAAUAAACAAAUGAUGAAGAAAGU